CCGCAGAAUGAAAUCCCCUCUGAGCAACGCUUUAAGGCGGUGCUGAUGCUUCGGGAGGCGCUGCUUUUGAACUCAGACUUGCUUGGCAUCGCGCUGCCCUGCACUGCGCUGCACAGAUACAGAAGAUGCGGGUAGCAAGGGGGCACUCGGGGGAGCGGCAGGAAAGAGCAAUGCGGGUGUGGGGACAAACGGAGGAGUAAGGCACUGCGUGCAUCGUGCAGUGUAAGCAAGAAGCUGAAAUCGGAGACGGACGGAGAAGAAGCAUGGACGUGAAUGUGCUUGGGGAUUGCAUGGUGCAAUAAUAGAUCCGGGUGGAAUAUCCUUAUUAAGAACCUCAUUAGACCUUCAGGGAGAGGCAGGUCUCUUGGUCCAAAGGUUCAUAUUCCUUAAUCCACAAUAACUCAAAAGAGACAGAGAGUACCCCGAACAGGCUGGGUAUACAGAAAGGUGGCGAAUCCAGAGAGUGUCUCGGACCAUAUGUACAGGAUGGCAGUCAUGGCUAUGGUAACUGAGGAUAAAACUCUUAAUAAAGACAGAUGCAUUCGAUUAGCUCUGAUUCACGAUAUGGCUGAAUGUAUCGUUGGUGACAUUGCUCCUGCCGACAAUAUUUCCAAAGAGGAGAAACACAGGCGAGAAGAGGAGGCUAUGAAACAUUUGACACAACUGCUGUCAGAAGAACUGAGGAAAGAGAUUUAUGAACUCUGGGAAGAAUAUGAAUACCAAUCUAGUGCAGAGGCAAGAUUUGUAAAAGAACUGGAUCAGUGUGAGAUGAUACUUCAAGCCCUUGAGUAUGAAGAGUUAGAGGGGAAACCAGGGAGACUGCAAGACUUUUAUGAUUCAACUGCAGAUUUCCUCAACCUGUGUGGAUCCAGUCAUGUGGAUGAUUGCCAGAAUGAAGUUGACUCUGUGAACCAGCCCUUGGAGCCUAUUUCCACAACUUUUAAAAAUGAAUUCUAGGGACUAUGAGUUCUUGACUUCUGUUUAGUGGCCCAGGACCAGAAUCGAGAGUUCUAAUAGUAUUUAUCUAUUUUAACAUGGUGUUAAGGCUGUGCACAUGAGUCACAAAACCCAGGCUAGGGGUUUUGCCUUGCCUAGCCUAACCUGGGUGUACUACUGGGAUUGGGCUCAGUCCCAGCGCUGCCCUCACGGGCAGCCUGACUUGUAACCCUGGCCUUUAGCCUGUGUUGAGGUGCAAGCAUGCUCUUAACCCUGGUGCUGGGGUCAUGUAUAUGCUAGGGAUGUGCACGGAACCACAGAGGCGUUGUCCGGCACUGGGGGGAGUGUCGCUUUAAGAGCAGGGAGUAAUACUUCCCCCCCCCCCCGCCACU